AUGUUUACUGCACCUUCCGAUCCUGUUAACGUUAGGAAAGAAUUGAAAGUAACCCAGUUGUGUGAAUUAUGUCAUAGUAGGAAGGCUAUUAUAAGAAGACCUAAAAAUUUACAAAAAAUAUGUAAAUUAUGUUUUUUCCAUGUGUUUGAGACUGAGAUUCACGAGACUAUUGUUUCUAAUGAUUUGUUUUACCGUGGUGAGAGAGUAGCUGUUGGUGCAUCAGGUGGUAAAGAUUCUACAGUUUUAGCUUAUGUUUUAAAAUUAUUAAAUGAAAGGCAUGAUUAUGGUAUUGAGAUUGUACUUUUGAGUAUUGAUGAAGGUAUUGUUGGAUAUCGUGACGAUUCUUUAGCUACUGUCAAGAGAAAUCAACAGCAAUAUCAACUACCAUUAGAGAUAUUUUCGUACCAGGAUUUGUAUGAUUGGACCAUGGAUGAUAUAGUUGAAACUGCAGGUAUACGGAAUAGCUGUACCUAUUGUGGUGUAUUACGUAGACAGGCUCUGGAUAGGGGAGCUGCAAAACUUGAGAUCAAACAUGUUGUCACUGGCCAUAAUGCAGAUGAUAUGGCCGAAACUGUAUUAAUGAAUAUAUUACGUGGUGAUGUAGCACGUUUAGAGAAGAGUACAAGCAUUAUGACAAGUAGCACAGGAUCCCCGAUUAAGAGAUCCAAACCUUUUAAGUAUUGCUAUCAAAAGGAGAUUGUAUUAUAUGCGCAUUAUAAGAAACUGGAUUAUUUUUCGACUGAAUGUACUUAUGCCCCAGAAGCUUUCAGGGGAACCGCAAGAGAACUAAUGAAAAAUUUCGAAGCGAUCAGACCUAGUUGUAUAAUUGACAUUAUAGCUAGUGGUGAAUCCUUUGUAUUGAAGCAAAAGAUGGGUAAGCAGAAUAAGAAAAAAAUCAUUACGUAUAAUGAUGGUAACAGAUGUGAAAGAUGUGGAUAUCUGUCUAGUAACAAGAUAUGCAAAGCGUGUAUGUUAUUAGAAGGAUUAGAGAAAAGUCGAGCCCAGAUCAAAAUACAAGUACAGGUGCCGGGGGAACCUCAACAAGAAGGGCCAGCGAAGGUGUUGAGAACGUUAGAGAGGUUAACUUUUUAA